CAUGCUGUAAGGAGUAGGUGGGAUUACCACGGAGAGUGAAGAUGGCGGCUCUGCGAGUGGUAGUGAUGUCUGGGUCUGGGAGAAGUUUUUUAAAUGCCUCCCGAACACUCCACUGUACUAGGGCUAGCAUGUCAUUUACAAGUUUGUCUCGUGGGAAAAAGAUGGCUCUAUCUACAAUAGGAGUGCUGACUGCUGGUGGAGUUAGCUUAGCGCUAGCUCUUCAUCACUCUGUCAAAGCAUCAGAACUGGAGCUCCAUCCUCCAAACUUUCCCUGGAGUCACAGUGGCAUGUUGUCCUCCCUUGACCACGCCAGUGUACGAAGAGGAUAUCAAGUAUACAAACAGGUCUGUGCAGCCUGCCACAGCAUGGAGUACCUGGCUUUCAGAAAUCUUGUUGGUGUUUCACACACUGAAGCGGAAGCAAAGGCAUUGGCUGAGGAGUUUGAAAUUGUGGAUGGGCCAGAUGAAAAGGGUGAGAUGUUUACACGUCCUGGGAAGCUUUCUGACUACUUCCCCAAACCAUAUGCCAACCCAGAGGCUGCUAGAGCUGCUAAUAAUGGAGCUCUUCCACCUGACCUUAGUUACAUAGUUAAUGCCAGACAUGGAGGUGAAGAUUAUGUGUUCUCCUUGCUUACCGGCUACUGUGAUGCACCAGCAGGAGUCAAACUCCUCGAUGGAGUCUACUACAACCCUUAUUUUCCAGGACAAGCUAUUGGAAUGGCGCCUCCAAUCUACAAUGAAAUUAUUGAGUUUGAAGAUGGGACUCCUGCUACAAUGAGCCAGGUAGCUAAAGAUGUUUGUACUUUCUUACGUUGGGCUGCUGAACCUGAACAUGAUCAGCGCAAACGUAUGGGACUCAAGAUUCUAAUCGGAGCAUCCUUCUUCCUGCCUUUUGCCUAUUAUUUGAAGAGACACAAGUGGACAGUAUUGAAAAGCAGAAAGAUUGCCUACAAACCACCAAAAUAACUUUAUCCAUCCUAGCUGCUCAUCCCCUGGUCCAGUACUGAUGAACUACACUGGUGUUUUUCAAAUUAAGAUUUUAAAAUCCACCAAAAUUAUGAAAGUGGUAAUGGUGUGUGACAUUGUUUAUGCAUAACACGAGACAAUGUUUUACAAUCCAAUGUCACAUGAUACACCCCAAAUUACAAAAUAAGGCUGUGGCACUUAUAGAUUGGAUAUUGUAAAAAUUCUUCUGGGGGGGGGAAUUUUUAUGUUUUUGUUUUUUUGGGUGGCUGUUAUGUAAGUCAUCUAUAUCAGUCUGUAAACUGUCAGGUUCAUCCUUCAGGUUAUGUACACAUUUUUGUGUAAAUAUUUAAAAAAAACCAUAAUAAAAUGCAAAAACAGUUCUAAAAA